AUGUACAACAGUGGCAACAACGUCGUGCCAGGGAGUCCCCCUCUCUGCAACGUAAGAGGCUCUCCCAUUUGCAUGAGUGGCGUGAAGAUACCGCCCUUCUCCCCCGUGUACAACGGCAACUACACAAACAUGAAUGGGAACAAAAUGAGGAAAAAUGUCAACGGGUACUUAAGUCCGGUUUUACGUUUUUUGGGUCAAAGGAGAUUUCAAAGUGGAGCUAAACGAAUAGCCAAGAAGGAGUAUGUGACGAGUGCGGGGCAGCCCAACAGGUCGAAGUCGUUCCACCACUACAGGGGCGUUGCGAAAGGCUGGGGGGAGAUGCGGCCAGCGGAGUGGCUCCCCUCCUCCGAGUGUAGCGGCGGGUUAAGCGGACGUCCAAGGAGCCAUCUAAGCUACGGUCCACGCGUCUAUCUGAACAGCCACCCGCGUGCCGAUUUGAGUGACAACCCGAGUUGCAGCUCCGGGGGACCCGAAUGGCAAAUCGUGCCAUCCAGGAAGCGUCCCCAAGACGCAAACCCCCCGGUAAGUAGCCGCGUGUCUGAAAAAACGAAGCACAACUACAAGGCGGCGGGAUACUUUAUAGUGAAGACGGAAGUAGAGAAGAAUCCCCAAAAUAACGUCAAUCAGGAAACAAACAAAAGGAACGUGAACGUGCAAAUAUUGCUUGGUUAUGACCCCCUGAAGAAGCAGCCGAACAGGGCGCCCUUAGAAAAGGAUGGCGGGCCAGAAAUGAAAGGAGAACUUAACAUCCCUGGAGGGAAGAAAGACCUAGGGGAGUGCAACCCGGUGGUGACUGCCUACAGGGAAUUCAGCGAAGAGACCAUUUAUCUGUAUAACAUGUUUGUAUCCUACUUUAGCCACUUGCACUACGUCAUGAAGGGGAUCGCCCAGGAGGGGGAAGAGUCCCAAGGGGAGGAGAAGUCUCAAAAGGAGAGGGCUCAAACGGAGAACCCCCCAAUGGAAGGUGACCCGUACGAGCUGUUCCUACAAAGGAACUUCCUAAAUGACGUGACCCAAAUGAGCAUCGAAGAAAAGAAGAGAGCAAUCAACAGGCACGUUAAUAAUUUCAUGCUAUACUUUAAGGAGGCGUGUCUAAAUAUUAAGGAGAACCACGAGACCAUGUACAGGUGUUCCUACCCGCCCUCGUACUACCAGAAGAGGAAUACCACCUUGGAGAAGAUCCACAAGGAGGUCAGUUUAUUUUCCUCCAUAGAGGAUGACGAGGUUAAUAAUUUUAAGCUGUACUACGCCCAUGGGAAAUAUAGCCUUUUCUUUUACAACGCAAUUGAAUAUGACUGUAAAAAUAUGCUUCACCAUUUGAGGAACUACUUCUGGGAGAAUUAUACGACCUUCUUUAACAUCCUCUUGAGUGAAAAUAUGAGCUUCUUAAUUAGAUGCAGAGGGAACAGUAAAAACGAUUAUGAACCGUAUCUCUUUGAUUCCGAGGAGAUAAGAAAAAAAAUUGAUCCAGACUUGUAUGACAACUUUAUGAAGGUACAAAAUUUGAUCCCAUCGAAAUAUGGGAAAAGUAAAAGGGAUACUUUUUAUGGGCAAGGAGCUAGCCAAAAUGGGAAAGAAGAGAGCCACAUUGACACUGGCUACAUGAAUGAUAUGAUAUGGCUGGACCUUUCCGAUGUGCUUCUGUACCUUCUGAGGAGCUGCAGCCACGUGGGGAUUGUGCAUCAUGUGUGGAACGUUUUCGAUGAAAUCAUGAGAAAGGGGGGCUAUGCGGUUUGUACUCCCCGCGAUGGGGGUAACAGAGAGGACUACCAACACGAUGCAGACGAAUCGCAGUUCGUUCUAGUCGGUCAAGGCUCCUUAAAAGUGCACAGAUCAAUGGCCGCGAACAUAUGGCACCUGUACAAGGACAUGUACAAGAGGCUGCAGAUACUCAUGCAGCACAAGAAGUACAAUUUUUUUUGGGCUCUGUUCUUUUCGCCCUUCAACACGAAAUUGAGUGUCCAUAAUGUGAAUACCCUGCGAAGUGCCUGCAGCGCCCCCUAUAGGAAGUUUCUCAACUGUCUGGUCACCAGCCGCGACUUCUGGGUCUUCCUCUUUCUCAAUCUGGUGGGGAGCAUUCCGCCCGAACAUCAGGGGGGAGGCGGCAAGGAGAGCUAA